AUGACAUCAGGUCCACCUAGACAGUCUUGGUGGCACUCGAAGAAAACUGUAAAAGUUAUAAGACCUUAUCCAACCUUCCCUUCCUUGAAUGCCUGGGAAAAACUCAGGGGCCUCUUGCCUGUGGAAGGGGAGCCGAACCCUGGAGUGGGCCUAGGAGUGGAGGAAGGACUGCUUUGCCAGAUGGUUCGUUCUCCAGAAUUCAACCUGUUUCCUCACUCUGUGGUGUUUGAAAGCAACUUUGUCCAGGUCAGAAGGGGGGGCAGAAACUGGAAAGAAAUCUACAAAGCCUCCAACACAAUGGCCCUUGGGGUGACCUCCUCCGUGCCUUGCCUACCCCUUCCAAACAUCCUCCUUAUGGCCAGAGUAAAAUGGCAUCAGGGGCAAAGCCAGACAUGGAACAGACCAUCCACAGCCCCGAGCAUCAUCCUGAAGAGUAUUCUUCCUUUGAAGUUUGUGGAGCUUCAGAUCUGUGACCACCAUGAACGUGUCCUGAGGUUGAGGACAGUCACCGAGAAGAUCUACUUCCUAAAGCUCCACCCUGACCACCCUGAGACUGUCUUCCUCUUUUGGAUCCGCCUGGUUCAAAUUCUGCAGAAGGGUCUGUCCAUCACCACCAAGGACCCUAGCAUUCCGGUCACUCACUGCCUGGUACCCAAGAGCCUCUGCAGCCCAUGUGGAAAGACCGAGUUAGUGCCGAAGAAACCUCAAGGUCCCCGGCCCAGCGAGAGCCUCAUGCAGCUGAUGGCCCAGGGGGAGAGUGAGGCCCUCUCGCAGAUCUUUGCCGAUUUGCAUCAGCGGAAACAGUACAGGAGGAGCAAGAAGAUUCAGAUCAACAAGACCAAUGCAGGGAAAGCUACUCCCAGUGAAGACAGUGUCCCCUGUACUCGCGAUCUCAGCUGGAGGGAUGCGCUGACUUACGGAGAGUGGGAAAGAGAGAACCCCUCUGGGCCACAGCCCCUCUCGCUCCUCGGCACUCUGGCUGCCUCCAGCAGGCCUCGGCUGUCACUGACUGGAGAUGCUACGCUGGAGCGCAGGAAGAAAGCUAUCAGAAUAACCCUAGAAGCCCUGGGAGCAGACUCGUGCGUCGUGAAUGCGGACGUGGCGGUCAGGGGGGCCACGGUCAGAGGGCCGCGCCCACACGCCCAAGAGCACAGAACUGGGACUCAGAGUCGCCACAGGCUGGGCGACCCGAACUGGGCGGGAAUCCGGUCCACGCAACUCGGCGCGCUCGCGGGGACGUGGCGCUUUCAAGCCAAUCACGGCCGCGCUAUUGUGGAACCAAUGGCAGCGCGGAAAAGCUACGCAUCAUCAGCGGUCUUGCUGGUGAUUGGUGUGGAGGCCGCCGACCAGGCGGGUGGGGGCGGGGCGAUGGACCCCUUCCGGUUGGGCGGUGCUUGUGCGCGGGAGUUGAGCCCCUGGGUGAGCUUCGGCCACCGUAUCCUGCGGCGUGGAGCUCCCGGGAAAGGUAAACCCCGUGGUGCCCGGUGGGUCCUUGUUCUGUCCGCCUUGUUCCCCGUUCGGGGUGGGUCUUCCUCGCUCCGGCCUCGGUGUACUCGAGCGGGCCCGAGACUCCUCUCUGUCCCCUGGCUCGCCGUCCCGCAGCUUCGGGGAGAGGGCUUUGGCCCAGCAGACUUUGACUCCCGGGCCCUGCGCCCUGCUGGGCACCGUUUUGUGCCUGCCUUCGCGCGUUUUUGUUCUCCGCCCGGGCCCCCUCCACUCACAGUGUUCCUGGGACUAGAGGGCCACUCUUGUUUGUUUCCUGAAGGCCUGCUGGGAGCUGCCACCCCGCCCCAAGGCCACAUCCCGUGA